AUGCAUGAAAGAAUCAAUAAUGAGGAGGCACCGAUCUUUUUUAGAAAAUACAGCACAUCAAAGUCAACUGUGGAAUUUGAUGAAUUGGAGAAGUUUCAGGCUUUAUCACAAAAAUGGUGGGAUCGAAACGGAGAAUUUGGAGCUCUACAUGCUUUGAAUGACCUCCGUGUUCCUUUUAUCCGAGACACAUUGUUGACACAUAGUGAAAAACAGCAAUUAGGACGUCCCCUUCGUGGCUUUCGAAUUUUAGAUGUUGGUUGUGGAGGAGGACUGCUGAGUGAGCCUCUUGGUAGACUUGGAGCGAUGGUCACAGGAAUUGACCCUUUGGAAGAUAACAUCAGACUAGCGGAUGUACACAAGUCAUUUGAUCCAGUCCUGAAAGAACUGAUUCAGUAUUCAGCUUGCUGUCUGGAGGAAAUGGCAAUGGAAUCACCUGGAAGGUUUGAUGCUGUUAUAGCCUCUGAAGUUGUGGAACAUGUCGGUGAUGUGGAAACUUUUAUCGGAUGUGCUGCCCAAGUUUUAAAGCCUGGAGGAUCACUUUUUAUAACAACCAUUAAUAAAACAUUCCUGUCCUACGCAUUGGCAAUUGUAGCAGCUGAGAAGAUAUUCAGAAUUGUACCAAAUGGGACUCAUGAAUGGGAAAAGUUCAUCAGUCCUAAUAAAUUGGAGACUCAUCUAAUUUCCAGUGGGUUCACAGUAGAGACUAUCAAUGGAAUGCUGUAUAACCCUCUGUUUGAUUCCUGGAGUUGGAUUAUUAAUACUAGCGUAAAUUAUGCACUGCAUGCAGUAAAAAAGAAAAUUGAAGAGAAAUCAGAUUUCAUGUCAGAAGGAAGUGGCAGGAAGGACCAUGGCUGUGACCAAUCAGAAUCCAAUGUUGGUUCUACAGUCCAGUUGUAGGAGGAUGAGCUAUUUGGUCUAGCACUGCUACAAAAUGCUGCUUUACUAAUUUAAACUGUCUGACAUGGUUGAUUAUCCUUGAUGGAACAUUUGCUACAUCGAGUUUUGCAUCUAGACAACAAAAUUAUAAUCAAUGAACCACCAUUUUUAAAUAGUGUGUUGGUGUGCUGACUGAUAAUUUCUUUGUAAUUAAAAUGGAGUUGAUUUCAAAAA